AUGUUAUCACAUGAUACACUUCAUUCAAAACAAGUUAUUAAAGUACAAGAUAUAAUAAAAUAUUAUGAUUCAUUAUUAGCAAGUGGACAUGAACCUGAAACACAUGCUUUAGCAGCAUUAGAACCAGUUUUAUAUGAUUUUUUUUCUUGAAUAGAUUUAGAUGAAAAUGGUCUUCUAUUAGUUUUAUUAAUUGAACAAUUCCUUCCAUUACCAUUAAAUAAACAAUUAUUACCUAAAUAUAUACCAUAA